AAUACGGAUUGACUUCCAUCUGUUUGGCUUUCUCUCCGGAUUUUUCUUCAGAUUGAUUCUUUCCUGCUAUGUUCACUUUUCGUGCAACUUUUGUUGUUCAUGAUGCCCCCUCUUUGAAUUCGGUGUCUUGGAAAACUAAGAGCAUAUGUAUUCAAGGUUUCCACGUAUUUUAUGCUGUCACAUUUAUCUUGCUUGUGAAUAAUGAUUACUACAUCUUUUUAUGUCUUCUUGAUCUUUGUUUAGGAAGAUUGUUCCUUGCUCAACUUUUAUUUUUAGCAGCAUCAAGGGCAGCAUUACCUAAUUCAACAUCCAUGUGCAGGAGAGCAGUAAGUGGCAAUCACUAAGCUAUAAUUGUAAAGUACCAUCAGCGUGGAAUAUUAUUUGAGUCCUGCUCACUUAACUUCGUACUUGGUAGAGAACACAACAAUACCAGCUGUUAUUUUGUGCAUAUGAUUGAGUGGUUUUAUAGUUUGAAGCACAAAAAAGAUGGGCUUGAGAGUGAACCUGCUUCUUUUGGUGUUUCUCUCGGUUGUCAUAUUUGGUCAUAGUAUAACAGCUGAACAAGAAGAGCAAACUUUACAAAGAGUGAUAACUGCUCCUCGGAGGAAUGCAGAAGGUGGUGUUUUAUUAGCCUAUCAAUUCUAUAAAGCAAUACAUUUUUGAGAGCCCACAGCAAUUCUCUAUCCUACGUGGCGCUCUCAAAAGUCUCUAUUUCGAUUUAUCUAAAUUCUACCUUUUACGCCUUCGAAAAAACUCAGCUUCUCACAGUAAUCAAUCUGCAAAUACCUUGAUUUGGUAUUUUCUCCCCAUCGCUUGAUCUAUGGCGCAAAUUUCUCUCUCCACUCCCAAAUCUAUAAUCCUAAGUUGUCGCCGCGAGCUUCGUCUCCUCCAGUCGCCGCCGCCGCCGGCUGCAGCUCACCAGGGAAUGCCCCAUUCUUUUCAACAUUGAGCUCAAACACGUUUGGUUCCAGAACCGCAGGUAAAAUUCCGUAUUAUACCAUGCCUCCCAAGAGGAAUGCAGAUGAGCCUUCUGAGGCAAGGAUCGUCACUGAACUUGGGAAGGAAUUCAACAUAGAUGAAGUUUAUGGCAGCGAAUCAACUAUUAUAGGCAGUUUGAAAUCAGUGAAUGACUUCAAUCCAGUUGAAGUUCCUUCAAAUUCCCCUUUGAAUUUUGAUAUGGUGAUGCUUGAGGACAAAGAACCACCUCAGGGCAAUGAUGACGAUCAGCCCAUGGCAUCUGGAGAAGAAGAUGGAAAAGUUAAUGCAAAGGAGAAAUCUGCUACUGUCAAGCAAAAUGAAAAGCUGUAUGCUGAGGAGGGCAUGCUAAAUACAAAGAUGAGAAAAACAGAUGAGAAAAGGCGGAAAAAGAAAAAUCAGCCAUCUGCGAUGGAACAUGAUGGAAACGAUGAUUACGACUUCAAGGUUGACUACACGAAGGACUCAGCCAUGGAAACUGGAGAUGAGGUUGAAGAUGAUGAAACUAAGAAGAAUAGAUUCGAGCUACCUUCUGGAGUAGAGUUGGACAAUGAAUGACCAAAAAGAGAGAUAGCCAUUGAUGAUUGUGAGUUUGAGUUUGUGAAAGUGCUAUAACUUUUGGUAAAUUACUAUACCCCUAUUUUUGUUAGUGAAUGGAUUUGAGUUACAUUGAUUC